AUGGAGGGUUCCAAAGUAAAUGCAUUUGUACGGGUGUCCGGCCCACCAAAUCGCAAUUACUUGGUCGGAUAUCCUGGAAUUUCAGCUACCCUGGUAUCUAUACCCUUUCCAUUCUUUCACAUACUUGACCACCCGAUGACACCCCUUUCCCUUUUGGAUUCCAGUCGCCAUGUUUCUUGGGAGAAAGGUUGAGAAUGUGCGGGCGGGAGCUAACCGGAGUCUUGCCAUUAGCCGCGAAUAGAGGGUAAAGUGGAAAUCAGGCCUGGAGCGGGAUACAGUGCACCGGUCGGAAUUUCAUACGUUGCCAUUGGCCUCUACCGGAAAGAAACAAUACACCCACAUGCCGACAGCAUAAUCAGUAACCACCUCGCAGCGCCACGGAAAGAAAUCAGAGAUCUUGUGGGGAAGGAGAUGCGAUUAUUUCAAUGCUCGGCAGGAAAGGCUUACGAGAGUGUGCUGGCGAUGGACCUACCAUUUGUCUUAUUCAUACCAUUCUCGAAAGCCGGGAACGAGGAUAUAAUCAAGGUGCCACCAGCGAGCCUACAAUUGCCUUCGCGCGUGGCAGAAACAUAUUACGAGUUGGUGGUGUCGGUACAGCAAGGCUCGGCAGAUCUCAAGAAACAUUCAUUCCCUGUGCCCCUGAGUAGAUACGACACAUUAUCGUCCUUCGGAAUGUACAACAGGCCGGAGACGCAGGAGCGGGUUUCGGAUCAUUUGGUAACACUGAGUAUGUGUCUGCAACGAUGGUCUUUUGGCCCUAACGAUCCUGUUGAAGUCCGGGUACGGCUCACUCCGAACCCAGAUUGGAUGUCAAAGGCAAAGAAGGUUUCAAUACAAAGGAUAGUGGUGGUCAUCGAGGAGCAGAUUACAUACAAUCCCGAGGGUGACGAGCCCACAACAAAGAUCAACAAACUCAUAUCAAAGAAGGAGGUGGUCGGACAAAAAUUACCGCCGGAUGGAUAUCAAAGCGAUAUAACAAUUCGACUCCCGGCUAAAGAGCUCAGAGAUAGCGAUGGAUUCCUACCACCCCCGAAAGCUGCAUUCCCAAUGCAUCCAAUUGUUGGGUUCACCACAACAGCCACACUAUAUAAGAUAGAUUACUUUUUAUCUGUCAAGGUUAGAAUUCCCAGUUCCAUGUAUUUCAGGCUGAGAUAGGGGUUGUUGUCUUUUUCUUUUCUUCUGACUUUUGUCAGGCACAUAUGUCGAGUUGUAGGGACAUCACACUCCGACAGAAGAUCAUCGUCUCACCGUUCGACCACCAAACUUGCCUUGACGAGCUGCCCUUGAUCAUGCAGGCAGCACAGGACGCGUCGAGCAUCAAUGCAGUAGGGCCGAUGCUUCCCGCUCCAACAAUAGUGCGACCAGGUGAUCCGAAUGCACUGCACUGGCUAGGGAUGACGAUGGUUGGUAAUGAGCGGAAGUUGUUAAUCCACUAA